AUGCGUCUGGUUCUCUUCGCGUUCCUCGUCUCGUGCUCGUGCGCGCGGGGCGGCUGCGAGCCCAAGAUCGUCAACAUCGGCGCGGUGCUGAGCCAGAAGCGCUACGAGCAGGUGUUCAAGGACGCGGUCAGCCAGGCCAACAACAUCUACGGCAGAGACAAGUUCAAAAUGAACGCAAUCUCAGUCACCCACAAGCCCAACGCCAUCCAGAUGGCACUGUCCGUGUGCGAGGACCUCAUCUCUAACCAGGUUUAUGCGAUUCUGGUGAGUCAUCCGCCCCAGUCCAACGACCACCUGACCCCCACCCCGGUGUCCUACACAGCUGGAUUCUACCGCAUUCCAGUGGUGGGACUGACCACGCGCAUGUCCAUCUACUCGGACAAGAGUAUCCAUCUCUCUUUCCUGCGCACGGUGCCUCCCUACUCUCACCAGGCCCAGGUCUGGUUCGACAUGAUGCGCGAGUUCCGCUGGAACCACAUCAUACUGAUCGUCAGCGACGACCACGAGGGCCGCGCGGCCCAGAAGAGGCUCGAGACCCUGCUGGAGGAGAGGGAGACGAAGAGUAAAAACAGGAACUAUGAAAACCUCGACCAACUGUCCUAUGACAACAAGCGAGGACCCAAGGCAGAGAAAGUGCUCCUGUUCAGCCAAGACACAAAUCUGACUGCUCUGCUCCAGGAGGCCAAGGAGCUGGAGGCCAGAGUCAUCAUCCUGUCUGCCAGUGAAGAUGAAGCUGCAGCCAUUUACAAAGCAGCGCGCCAGCUCAAUAUGACAGGCUCUGGUUACGUGUGGCUGGUCGGAGAAAGGGAGAUGUCUGGUAAAGCACUGAGUGAAGCUCCAGAUGGCUUGCUCGGCCUCCAGCUAAUCAAUGGCAAGAAUGAGUCCGCGCACAUCUACGAUGCGGUGGCGGUGGUGGCCCAGUCCAUUCAGGAGCUCUUUGAGAAGGAGAAUAUCACAGAGCCUCCUCGAGGCUGCGUGGGCAAUACAAACAUCUGGAAGACUGGCCCGCUCUUCAAACGAGUGCUGAUGUCAUCCAAGUAUCCAGAUGGCCUAACAGGCCGCGUGGAGUUUAAUGACGACGGGGACAGGAGGUUCGCCCACUAUAGCAUCCUCAACUACCAGAAGACUCGGCUGGUCCAAGUGGGCGUCUACAAUGGCUCACAAGUUGUGAUGAACACCCAAAGGAAGAUAAUUUGGCCAGGAGGAGAGACUGAGAAGCCAAGAGGCUAUCAGAUGUCAACAAGAUUGAAGAUUGUCACCAUUCAUCAAGAGCCCUUUGUGUAUGUGAAACCGACCCUGCGAGACGGAACAUGCAAGGAGGAAUACACUGUGAAUGGAGUCUUGAUCAAAAAAGUGAUCUGCACUGGCCCGAAUGAGACCAUUCCAGGUCGGCCCAUAGUGCCUCAGUGUUGCUAUGGGUUCUGCAUUGACCUUCUGAUCAAGCUUGCGACGACAAUGAACUUCACCUAUGAAGUGCAUCUAGUAGCUGAUGGCAAAUUUGGCACUCAGGAGCGUGUGAAUAACAGCAACAAGAAGGAGUGGAAUGGCAUGAUGGGAGAGCUCCUGGGUGGCCUGGCAGACAUGAUCGUGGCUCCACUCACUAUUAACAAUGAACGAGCCCAGUACAUAGAGUUCUCCAAACCGUUCAAGUACCAGGGGCUCACUAUCCUUGUCAAAAAGGAAAUACCACGCAGUACGCUGGACUCGUUCAUGCAGCCCUUUCAGAGCACUCUGUGGUUACUGGUGGGUCUAUCGGUCCAUGUUGUGGCGGUGAUGCUCUACCUAUUAGACCGUUUCAGCCCGUUUGGAAGAUUUAAAGUGAAUAGUGAAGAAGAAGAAGAAGAUGCCCUCACCUUAUCCUCUGCAAUGUGGUUCUCCUGGGGUGUACUACUGAACUCCGGUAUUGGAGAAGGUGCCCCACGGAGCUUUUCAGCGAGGAUUUUAGGUAUGGUGUGGGCAGGUUUUGCUAUGAUUAUAGUUGCAUCUUAUACUGCCAAUUUGGCAGCCUUCCUUGUGCUGGAUCGGCCUGAGGAGCGCAUUACCGGCAUCAACGACCCUAGGCUGCGAAACCCAUCAGACAAAUUCAUCUACGCCACAGUCAAGCAGAGCUCUGUGGACAUUUACUUCCGCCGUCAAGUUGAGCUGAGCACCAUGUACCGCCACAUGGAAAAGCACAACUACGAAAGUGCCGCGGAAGCUAUCCAGGCUGUGCGAGACGGCAAACUCCACGCUUUUAUCUGGGAUUCAGCCGUGUUGGAGUUUGAAGCCUCGCAAAAGUGUGACCUGGUCACUACAGGAGAGCUGUUCUUCCGCUCGGGGUUCGGAAUUGGCAUGCGUAAAGACAGCCCAUGGAAGCAAAAUGUUUCCCUGGCCAUUCUCAGCUCCCAUGAGAAUGGUUUCAUGGAGGACCUGGAUAAAACCUGGGUGAGAUACCAGGAGUGUGACUCCAGGAGCAAUGCCCCAGCCACGCUUACCUUUGAGAAUAUGGCAGGCGUGUUCAUGUUGGUGGCUGGUGGCAUCGUCGCCGGGAUCUUCCUCAUCUUCAUAGAGAUCGCUUAUAAGCGUCACAAAGACGCUCGUAGAAAGCAGAUGCAGCUGGCCUUUGCGGCAGUUAAUGUUUGGAGGAAGAACCUACAGGAUAGGAAAAGUGGUAGAGCAGAGCCCGACCCCAAAAAGAAAGCCUCUUUUAGGUCCAUCAGUACCAACCUGGCCUCCAACAUCAAGAGACGUAGGUCCUCCAAAGACACGCCAUAUCCCACGGACAUUACCGGCCAGCUCAACCUAUCAGACCCCUCUGUGAGCACAGUGGUGUGAAGGCAAACGGGGGAGCAAGAAAAAGAGGUAGAGUGAGAGAGAGAAUGAGAGAGCGAGACUUCGUGGACUAGAAACGGAGGAGAUGGUUGGGAGGGGUUGAUUGACUUUGAGCCAAGCACGCUGAUCCCUAGCUGCUGCUGCUGCUGCCCCGCCAUCUGAGCCGACGACAUGUUCAUUUGAACAAAAAA